UGCACGAAACAUCCAAUACAGAGCCUCUCUUAUCUCUUCCAUUUCUAUGUUGAUAGACCCCAGAAACCUCUUCUUCUUCUUUGAUUGACGGACUGAGCUCUUUCUUCCUCCAUGGCAAUGGCCGGUUAUAGCCCCACUGUGCCCUCACCCCUUGCCAUGGCCCGCACUUCUUCAGUACAUCCUCUGGACCUUUCUUCCCUUUUCGCCGUCAGGCCCAUUGCUGCCUCCUCCACCGCCCACAUCUUCUCUUUAUGCCACCCCUUAAUUCUGCAGCGCAGGGGAGGGAGGUCUAUCAAUUGGGUCGACCUUAAUUUUAGAAGAGAAUCUAGGGUUCAUUUGGUUGUGGCUGCUUUAGCGGCGGAAAUUGAAGUGGCUGAGGUUGUGGAUGAGAAUGGAGAGGAUAAUGAUGGAUUAGCUGCUUCAAUUGUCCCCAAGAUUAAGAGGGGAAAGGCUGCAUUGCCUCUUAAGAGGGACAGGACCAGAUCGAAGAGGUUCCUGGAAAUUCAAAAAUUGAGGGAAAGUAAAAGGGAGUAUGACCUGAAAACAGCAAUAUCUUUGUUGAAACAAAUGUCUAAGACGAAAUUCGUGGAAACCGCAGAAGCCCAUUUCCGAUUAAACAUUGAUCCCAAAUAUAAUGAUCAACAGCUAAGAGCAACAGUAAAUCUUCCCAAGGGAACUGGACAGACAGUCAAGGUAGCUGUGCUCACUCAAGGUGAAAAAUUCGACGAAGCGAAAAACGCAGGAGCUGAUUUGGUUGGCGGUGAGGAUUUGAUAGAACAGAUCAAAGGAGGUUUCAUGGAAUUUGAUAAGCUAAUUGCUUCACCAGAUAUGAUGCCUAAGGUUGCUAGUCUAGGGAAGCUUCUAGGACCUCGAGGACUGAUGCCGAACCCAAAAGCUGGCACCGUUACAACAAAUAUACCUCAGGCUAUAGCAGAAUUCAAGCAGGGAAAAGUCGAAUUCCGAGCGGAUAAAACCGGGAUUGUUCACUUACCUUUCGGGAAGGCAGACUUUUCAGAAGAUGACCUCCUGGUGAACUUGCUUGCUGCAAUAAAAUCAGUAGAGGUAAACAAGCCAACAGGUGCUAAAGGAGUAUACUGGAAGAGCGCGCAUAUAUGCUCGUCGAUGGGGCCUUCGAUUCGAUUAAACAUAAGGGAAAUGCUUGAUUACAAAAUCCCAUCAUCAAAUGCUUGAAGAAUUUUAGUCUACACCUGUAAAUGUCUUCUUCAAUUUGUUUAAUGUUAGCCCUCAUGGAUACGCCUUUCGAAUCGUCUUCAGCGGCCGAAGAUUUCGUUAAGAUCGUUAACAGAGUUGGUACGGUAUCUCAAGAAAGAAUUUGAAACUUGGAAACUGCAUAUUCAUUUGUUUCUGAACUGAUUCAAAAGUAGCUCAGAAUCAAUCAUUUUCACCUCA